CUUUCGUGACCGUUAAAUAUCGUACAAAUCGGUUUAUAACGAUGCGCCGGCUUCCCUUACGGCCUGGCGGCCCUCUUUGCGCCCGUACAUGCUGUUGGUCUCCGAUGUCGCGUGCACGUCUGGUUGUGGCUCGUCGAGAUAUUUCCAGUUCUUCUUCCUCUUUCCCAACCUCAUCCCAAUUCAAUCGAUCGGAUUUCACAAACCAGCCUUUCACAGGAAGCUAUGAGCCUGGCCUACCGACUCCAGGGCCCCUAGCCUCAGCUCCGAUUCUCGGAGCUCCGCAGAUCACACCCAGGAUGUUGAAAAAGUAUCUGGACCAAUUCGUUGUCGGUCAAGAUAGAGCAAAAAAGGUGUUGAGUGUGGCUGUAUUCAAUCAUUAUCAAAGAGUGAGGGAACUGCAGCGACGAGAACAUGAGGCCAUGAAACAGCAGGCCCAGCGCGCCCGGAGGGCGUCUAUUGAGAGCCAUCCGGUAGAGGAUGAAUUCCCUGGCCAACAACGGACAGUCGACAUGUCCGAGGCUCCGCAUCCUCCACAGACGACUUUAGACCCUCCAUCGGCCCUAACAGAAACGGAUACGUCGCCGUUGCAGCUGGAGAAGUCCAAUGUCUUGCUGCUCGGGCCUUCUGGUGUGGGAAAGACAUUGAUGGCGAAAACACUUGCUAAAGUCCUCUCGGUCCCCUUCAGCAUUUCGGACUGCACGCCAUUCACACAGGCUGGGUAUAUCGGAGAAGAUGCCGAUAGUUGCGUACAGAGGCUGCUGGCUGCAGCCAACUACGACGUUCAGCAAGCGGAACGCGGGAUCAUUGUUCUAGAUGAGAUUGACAAGAUCACGGCCGCAAAGAUCAGUCAAACCAAAGAUGUUGGUGGCCGGGGCGUACAGCAGGCGCUGUUGAAGAUCAUCGAAGGAACAACCGUCCAGGUGAUGGCAAGGCCGAAUAGACGAAACAAUGAAACUGGGCCAGAUAUCGAUGUUUCAAACAGUCCCCUUGGGAGACGCCCAGGUGCGCCGGGGACCAUGCCCGGCCAGCAACAAGGAAAGGAGGUUUUCCAAGUCCGCACCGAUAACAUUCUCUUCAUAUGCUCUGGGGCGUUUGUCGGCCUCCAUAAGCUUGUAAUGGACCGGAUAUCGCGCGGCUCAAUUGGCUUUGGGCAGCCGGUUCGAGCAGCGGCCGGUCCCACUGCGAGACUCGAAACAUCACAGGACGGCACCAUUCCCAUACCCAUCAUCCCAGGUUCCGAAGAAGACAUCCUAUAUAAAAAGCACCUUCCUUUCUAUAGUUCAACAACUGACGGCGAGCCGACAUAUUUCAACCCCCUGGACCUUCUAACCCCGUCGGACCUCCAAGAAUAUGGCUUCAUCCCGGAACUUAUCGGUCGUAUCCCCGUGACUGCAGCUCUUUCUACGCUCACCCAACCGUUGCUUCUCCGGGUGCUAACAGAGCCCCGGAACUCCCUUAUCGCACAGUACACGACGCUCUUCUCUCUUUCCGGGAUUGAACUGCGUUUCACAACCCCGGCCCUACACAAGAUUGCAGCCAACGCCUUCUCGAUGGGCACCGGGGCGCGAGCUCUGAGAACGGAGAUCGAAGCCCUCCUAGGCGAUGCAAUGUUCGAGGCGCCUGGGUCGAGUGUGAAGUUCUUGCUUGUGACUGAAGACGUGGCCGAGCGAAAGGAAAAACCCCUUUACUUUGCCAGAGGCCAGGGGAGCAGAUUCAAAGCCAUAAUCUCGGAAGAAGAAAGUGAAUGGGAAAGGAAGAAUCAAUGUGGAAAGAAGGAUCAAGAACCCUCCGUCGAUCAUUCUUCGGACACGGGGAUCUCAAGCUUCCAGGAGUAUCGAAGUCGAGCAGUAGGGUACUAGCCUGGCAGAAGGACGCGUAGUAAUGAACCUCAUCUCUAUUAUAUAGCCUCGGUUUGUCGGCUUGCUUUGGGGGGUCAUUUUGGAUUUACGAACAUAGUACCACUUGCACCGCUUGUUAUGUCGUCACGACGUUAGCGUUUAUUGACGGGGUUGUUUUUCAAGUCAUGAUUUCUUCUAGGCUUUUAGCAAGUAAAUUGAUGUGGCCUAUGAUAUUUGAUGUCUGGGAGAAAAAGAAUUUCGUUUCCAUCGUCCCUGAAGACAAUGGUCUUUCAAGGCUUGUUUAAGCUACCUGAAUGUUCAUAAAUUCCACAAUAAAAUAGA